CUCGUGUAUUCUGAGCUACGCGAGUGCGCGCGUUGUUUUUGUUUUGAUUCGUCGGCGGCCAAACCACGAGGAAGGACUAACCGUCGCGACGUCGAGGCGCGUUUCGGUUUCGGUGGCGGCGGCAGACUUGCAAGGAUAUCUGGCAUUUUGUUGGGGGGACAGGAAUCAGAUGGGGUUUGGGGAAUCGUAUGUAAUUGGAAAAGUGACGUGUUGAUGGUGACAGUGCUUCGGGACCGAUUUUUUUCACAUGUUGUAUCAUUCUUUUGUGGGGGGAAAAAAUUAACAUCGCUCGCUUAUGCAUUAAGGAUGCUGAUUCUGUUUCUUAUCCGCCAUUUAAAUUAUGUACUAAGCGAUCGUGGGGUGACCGAGGGGACGGGAAAACUGCCGAUGAUCAUGUCAAUCGAUGGUGUUUAAUGGCUGCAAGCAACACCCGGGGAUGCUGAAUUGGGCCGGCUUGCCGUCUCUGGGUGAAGGUGAUUUACGAUUCAAUCUGUUAAAGCUGUCACACCGGUAUGCGCGCUGGAAUACUUAGCUGGAGCUGAAACAUGCAGUUUUCGGUACCUGUCAGGCUGCAAAAAUGACAGGGAAGGAGGAAAUCGAUUAGGUGCGAACAAGUGACAUGUGCGUGACACAUUAAGAAAAAAUAAACGUGCGCGUUUCGGGUGUGUUAAAUGUUUUCGAAGUGGUUUUUGUGAACAAGUUUCCAAAUAUAACAAUGGAUGGUGAUUGACGAAGCGUGACGAAAGCGUUCUCGGGACUGAGAAGAUAAUCAACUAAAUCAUGACCGGACAGACCGGAUCAUUCCCGGAACAGACGUAGAAGAAGAGCAACGGAUAUUUUUGCGUCCAAACAACGUCGACAAUGGACCGCAAGAAUGGAACCAACAAAAUUGCAGCACCUUCAGCAGCAACCCGUCGUCCUAAGCUGCCCGUCAAAACAAACAUUGCAUCUUUGCAACAGCAUCAGCUGCAGCAGCAACAACAACCGAUGGGGAAGCUUGUGGCAGCAACGCCAACCGUGGAGAACGCGAUGCAGCCUACAUUCGCUUCGGUACAUCGUCCCCGGCAGCUGAGUACGGUGGCCGCCAUCAAACGAACCGGGUCCGGAACCAGAGCCGAUCUUCCAAUGCAUCAGCAACAGCAACAAAAACAUGCCGGUGCCAUUCAGCUAGUUCGUCGUCAAGAUAGUGCUCGGACCGAUUCGAUGAACGACAACAAAGCCGGAAUAUUUAAUCAACCUGCUGCUGGUCGGUUGCCGUUCCCGGUCCAAAUUCCGGAUCCGUAUGCGACGGCUUCUUUCUUCGGCCAUCAGCAGCAGCAGCAUCAGACAUCAACGACAAGAACUUAUGGCUUGAACCAGCAGCCGAUUGAUAACGGCGGACCAUCACAAAAGCCUGAUUAUCUGCUGCAGAACAACUCCAAGUCCGGAGUAAAUCAUAAGCAGACACUCUUGGCAGGUUCCAGUCAGUCAGGGCCAGCAUUUUCUACCAGUAACAGUGGAGGCCCUCGAUUACCCAAGCAACCGGCCAGCAAACUGGCACCCAAACAGUUGAACGAUAUUUACGAGAAGCACUUGUUGAACCAGACCAUUUUUGACGACCAGCCUUCGGUGUCCGAUGGAAUGGCACGUCGAGUUCAGGGAUUCGGCAGGUCCCACCAGAAUCAGCCGCCAUCAUCAUCGUCUCCCGCACAUCCGGUCGUGGUUGGCAAAUUUAGUGCUAAAGAGCCUCCCGCGGUCGAUAAUUUAUACGAAUCGAUUCGCAGCAAUUAUCAUAUCUACGAAAAAAUCCCGGAAACGGCCACGAAACGUGGUUCGCGUGUUGAGCAGUACGUGAGACCUUUGCCUCCUUUACAGCCGAGGCCAAAGUCGCUUCCGGUGGGUGCCAUGACACUUAGCCUCAACGGCAGGGCCCAACAAUCACCGUACAAGCUAACCAGUCCGGAAGUGCUGAGGGCCAUGCAGAGUCCCGUCGGGCCGAAUCUUUCGCCAAUAGCGGAAAAGCCGCCCAAUUCACGGUUGCCCGUCAACGUCAACAGUAGUGGUGGAACGAUGGGGGCAGCAGGACACGCUAAUAAAUCAGUCAUUACUGCGGACGGAAUCAACAUUGCGCUGGAAACGGCCAAAGCGCUGGCCACGGCGGCGUACAUCGAAAGAGCUGCCCAACGCUUAGCUUCAGGCAGUUUGAUCCAGCAACAUCAGAAUCUGCCACAAUCCCAGCUUCAGCAGCAACAGAAGCAUCACGCAAAAAUGAAUGCAGUAGAGACGAUGGCAGACAUUGGUGGAUUUUGUGGAGCCAUUCAACGAACUCCUCCGCCGGUUCCGGCUGGCCUUGCCCGACGUAUGGCCAAUCGAGAAGUUUUGGGACUGGGAAAGGAAUCCCGGAAUACGAAGGCAUCCCGGGCGCCCACGAGGACCGACUUCGACUUUUGGUCCCCACAGCAGAAAGCAAAGAUUCCGGAAGACGCUGACCAAAUGUCGGACGAAAAACAACCAUUAUUGUCUCAAACGGCUUAA